AGUCACAUGACUCGGCGACGUCACGAGAGCGGCAACGUCCGUGGCGGGAACCCAGCUCGAUGGGAGAAAGCUGCGCGUCCCCGUGUCCUCGCCGAAUCUCCUCCCCUAUUCCCUCGUGUCCCCGCCCAGUCUCCAGCCCGUUGCAUUGUGUCGCCGCCCACAAACCUCCCUUAGUCCAUCGUGUCCCCGCCCAGUGUAAUCUCGCGGGCGCGCCCCCCUUGACUGACUGACCACCCGGCGAGCGCUCGCUCACAAAGCAGCAGAUGGCGGGAGAGCGGGAACGUGCGCGGUGAUUGAAAGCCUGGGCCGGCAGUUGCGUGGAGUCAGUGAGGACUCAUAAGGAGCAGGAUUCUCUCUAAGAAUAUUAGAAGACGUUGGGGAAAGGGACCUUGUUCUCUGAUCAAGCCAACUAGAGACACCAUUUCUCCUUCCACCUCUGGGAGAGUCACAGAAUCUUCUCACUUUCUGGAUAGAAGAAACAUUCAAAACCUAAUUUGUUUCUCAUCUCCUAUAUGAUGAGUCUCACAGGAGAGAGAUAUCUGUGCUCCGAGUGUGACAAAAGCUUUACAUGUAAGUCACAUCUUCUCGUACACCAGAGGAGUCACACAGGAGAGAAACCAUUUAAAUGCUCUGAAUGUAGCAAGUGUUUUUCCAGUAAGUCGCCUCUUCUCCGUCAUCAGAGGAGUCACACAGGAGAGAAACCGUUUAAAUGUUCUGAAUGUAGCAAAUGUUUUACCUCCAAGCAACAACUUAUUAUGCAUCAGAGGAGUUACACAGGAGAGAAACCAUUUAAAUGCUCUGAAUGUAGCAAGUGUUUUUCCCGUAAGUCACAUCUUCUCACUCAUCAGAGGAGUCGCACAGGAGAGAAACCAUUUAAAUGUUCUGAAUGUAGCAAAUGUUUUACCUCCAAGCAACAACUUGUUAUACAUCAGAUGAGUCACACAGGACUGAAACCAUUUAAAUGCUCUGAAUGUAGCAAAUGUUUUACCUCCAAGAAAGAACUUGUUAUACAUCAGAGGAGUCACACAGGAGAGAAACCAUUUAAAUGCUCUGAAUGUAGCAAAUGUUUUACCUCCAAGGGACAACUUGUUAUACAUCAGAGGAGUCACACAGGAGAGAAACCAUUUAAAUGCUCUGAAUGUAGCAAAUGUUUUACCUCCAAGCAACAACUUGUUAUACAUCAGAGGAGUCACACAGGAGAGAAACCAUUUAAAUGCUUUGAAUGUAGCAAAUGUUUUACCUACCAGCAAGAACUUGUUAUACAUCAGAGGAGUCACACAGGAGAGAAACCAUUUAAAUGCUCUGUAUGUAGCAAAUGUUUUUCCGGGAAGCCUAAUCUUCUUAUUCAUCAGAGGAGUCACAGAGGAGAGAAACCAUUUAAAUGCUCUGAAUGUAGCAAAUGUUUUUCCCAGAAGCCUCAUCUUCUCAGUCAUCAGAGGAGUCACACAGGAGAGAAACCAUUUAAAUGCUCUGAAUGUAGCAAAUGUUUUUCCCAGAAGCCUCAUCUUCUCAGUCAUCAGAGGAGUCACACAGGAGAGAAACCAUUUAAAUGCUCUGAAUGUAGCAAAUGUUUUUCCCAGAAGCCUAAUCUUCUCAGUCAUCAGAGGAGUCACACAGGAGAGAAACCAUUUAAAUGCUCUGAAUGUAGCAAAUGUUUUUCCCGGAAGCCUAAUCUUCUCAGUCAUCAGAGGAGUCACACAGGAGAGAAACCAUUUAAAUGCUGUGAAUGUAGCAAAUGUUUUACCUACCAGCAAGAACUUGUUAUACAUCAGAGGAGUCACACAGGAGAGAAACCAUUUAAAUGCUCUGAAUGUAGCAAAUGUUUUUCCCAGAAGCCUAAUCUUCUCAGUCAUCAGAGGAGUCACACAGGAGAGAAACCAUUUAAAUGCUCUGAAUGUAGCAAAUGUUUUUCCCGGAAGCCUAAUCUUCUCAGUCAUCAGAGGAGUCACACAGGAGAGAAACCAUUUAAAUGCUGUGAAUGUAGCAAAUGUUUUAACUCCAAGCAACAACUUGUUAUACAUCAGAGGAGUCACACAGGAGAGAAACCUUUAAAAUGAUCUAAAUGCAUGUAGUGUUACUAGUAAAACAGUACCUUUUUAAUCUCUCACUCUGAGGGCCUGAAUGCAGCAUGUGUUUCAUAAGGACGGUAACUUGAAUCACUACAAUAUGCAUUCAAGGGAGAUCAUUAUUAAUUUCAGAAUGAGCAAUGUGUUUUAUAUAAAUCAGUCCUGAUUAAGACAGGAGAGAUCGGACAAGUGGACUUGGGGACACUUACCCCUUGGGAUGUUCUCUCUGUUCGGUACUAGAGCUGCAGAUGGUGCUGCCAUUACUGAACUCUGUAAAUAUACGGCUAUUCUGCUCAUGCAGCUGCUGGGACUAGUAGAGGAAAGAGUUGUAUAUCCAGUAGUGAGUUCCAUCAACGGCUCUCAGUCCUGGGAUUCUGUUUCAGAUUGACCGAGCUAUUCUAGAUGUUUCUGCAGCAACCCUGCACGCUGCCCUAUAUCACCCUACAGGUCUACCCUGGUCGCCUAAUUUUUUCUUUCUCUCAUGCCUUUUUAUUGCUGCCUUACCUCUGUUUUGCAUAUGUGUUACCUGUAUCACAUAGUAACCAAUCAUAACCUUUGUAGACCGCUUAUAGCUGAUUUUUGUUGUUGCUGUGGGUUACAGUACAUCCUUGCUUUCCACAUCCUGUUAUUAACCAGGUCUCAUGGAGAGUACAGUACAUUGUGUACCAGGCUAAUAACACCCCUUUAGCAUAACAAAACAAUUUUUAGGAUGAUACAGAGUGCUACUGGUCCCAAAGUUCAGCCAGUAAAGAACAAGAGGAAGUUUUCACCUUUCUUCCUUGUAAUCAGUGUUUCAAAAAGGUUUUUUUUUCUUCACUUCAGGCACUCUUUAGGGAUUACCAUGUAGAUAUCAAUUCAAAUAGAUCUAUCUUGCAGUAGACAAUGUUUCUUAUGCCUUUUGAUCACCUACAAGAUACGUCUCUAUCUGCUCCAAGUACCUCAGGAUGCAGAAUUAAGACACAGAUAGAAACAACCAGUAGCGCAGAGAUCCUUGUAUCGGAUCAAUUUUUAAUAUAAAACACAUGCACUCACAAGGUUAAAAUACAAACAAGCACAUAAAACAUCAGGGCUGCACAAUCCAUUAGUGACACAGGUUCCUCCUUCUGUAUGGGAUGCGGUCAAGAUCCCGCCGGACUGAAUCCAGACGGUCGAAAUACCGACACUGGGACCCUAACCGGCACAAUCCAGACAUAUUCUCCCUCUGUGGGUGUCCACGACACCUAUAGAGGGAGAAUAAAUAAGUGUGUCGAGCGUAGCGAGGCACUGUGCCCGCAGCAUGGCAAGCGCAGCGAGAUUGUGCCAGUUGGGAUCCCGGUGUCGGUAUUCCGACCGCCGGGAUCCCGUCCGGCAGGAUUUCGUAUUGAUGCCUUCUGUUUGCUGAGUUGGUCAAACAGCAAGGCAA